GUAGGGUUGACCUUCCGAAUAUUGCUUAUUUCACUUGUACGUUUGUACCCAUUAAUCUUCAAAGUAACAUUUGUGUUACUUUGAAGAUUGUCCCUGGAAGUGUCUUUUUCAUUCCAGAUAACUUGACCCUGGUCUCCAACAACUCCCAUCAAUUUCUCCGAAGAAGACUUCCGGUGGUGUGUCAUGGCGGUGGCAUGGUGAAUCCUAGAGAAAGGGAAAAAUACUCACCCCUUUCGUCCUUUCCCAUCAAUUUAGGACAGAUUUUCAUGCAUAAAUAAGUCUGUCAGGUCUUGCCUCAUACAUUGGAUUUACCAGCAGAGCGUUGCGGUGUCCCUCCGCCCGGCCAUGGCGGCUCACAAACCAGUGGAAUGGGUCCAGGCCGUGAUUACUAGAUUUGAUGAGCAGCUUCCCAUUAAGGUCGGACACCAGAACACCCACACCAAAGUCAGCACAGAGCACAACAAGGAAUGUCUGAUCAACAUCUCCAAGUAUAAGUUCUCCCUGGUCAUCAGUGGCCUCACCACCAUCCUCAAAAAUGUCAACAACAUGCGCAUAUUUGGAGAAGCUUCUGAGAAGAACCUCUACCUCUCCCAGCUUAUCAUCCUGGACACACUAGAGAAGUGCCUAGCUGGGCAAUCCAAGGAUUGCUUGCGUCUGGAUGAGGCCAUGCUGGUCAAGCAGUUGCUGCCAGAGAUUUGCCACUUCAUCCAUACGUACCGCGAGGGCCACCAGCACGCUGCUGAGCUCCGGGCCUCAGCAUCAGCCGUCCUCUUCUCUCUGAGCUGCAACAACUUCAAUGCUGUCUUCAGCCGCAUCUCCACCAGGCUACAGGAGCUGACAGUGUGCUCUGAGGACAAUGUGGAUGUUCAUGACAUAGAGCUGAUGCAGUACAUCAGUGUGGACUGCUCCAAGCUGAAGAGGCUAGUACAAGAAACAGUACUGAAGUUUAGAGCUCUCAAGAAGCCUGCCCAGUUAGCAGUCAUCAACAGUUUAGAGAAGGCGUUUUGGAACUGGGUGGAGAAUUACCCAGAUGAGUUCACAAAGCUCUACCAGCGGCCACAGGCAGAUAUGGCAGAAGCUGCAGAGAAGUUGUUUGACCUGGUCGACAGCUUUGCAGAGAGUGCCAAACGGAAGGCGGCUGUGUGGCCACUGCAGAUCAUCCUCCUCGUUCUCUGUCCAGAGAUUACACAUACCAUCUCCAAAGACACUGUGGAAGAUAGCAAGGUCAACAAGAAACUGUUUUUGGACAGCUUGCGGAAAGCAUUAGCUGGCCAGGGUGGCAGUAAGCAGCUGAUGGAGAGUGCUGCCAUUGCCUGUGUCAAACUGUGUAAAGCCUCUACCUACAUCAACUGGGAGGAUCACUCAACCAUUUUCCUCCUCGUCCAGUCCAUUGUCAUGGAUCUCAAGGCGCUGCUGUUCAACCCAGCCAAACCCUUCUGGAGGGGGACGGGCAGCCAGAAUGCUGACGUGGAGCUCAUGAUGGACUGCUUCGUCUCCUGUUUCCGCAUCAAUCCUCAUAACAACCAGCACUUUAAGGUCUGUUUGGCCUCCUCCUCCCCCUCCAUCUUUCAUUUUGUCCUGGUGAACUCGUUGCACAGAAUAAUCACCAAUUCCCAUCUGGACUGGUGGCCUAAGAUUGAUGCAGUGUACUGCUACGCCGGAGAGCUUCGCUUUAUGUUCUCUGACACGCUCAACCGAGUGAUUCAAGGCAUCGGCACCCAUGCUCCGCUACGCAUGACACCGAGUCUGACAUUCAAAGGGAAGAUGACCACCAGCCUUAAAUUCAAAGAGAAAGCCACAGAACUUGACACUCGAAGUUACAAGUGCCUCCUUCUUGCUCUGGUCAAACUCAUCCAUGCUGAUCCCAAACUCAUGUUGCAUAACCCAGUGAAGCAAGGUCCAGAGAUGCAGAGCAGCACAGCAGAGCUCAUCACCGGCCUGGUGCAGUUAGUCCCUCUAACCAACACCACCCAGCUCUCACAAGAAGCCAUGGAGGCUCUGUUAGUUUUGCACCAGCCUGAGACCAUAGAGCUGUGGAAUCCUGAUGUUCCCAUAGAGACGUUCUGGGACAUCAGUUCGCAGGUGCUCUUCCUUAUCUGCCGCAAACUGACUGGCCAGCAAAUGGUUAAUGGGACAGAAGUUCUCAAAUGGCUGAGGGAAAUCCUCAUUUGCAGGAACAAGUUUCUGCUCAAGAACAAGGAGUCUGCCACCAUGGGCGGCGGUAUUCCAAUCUGCCGGCAGGCGCAGACAAAGCUGGAGGUGUGUCUCUACAUGUUCCUGUGGAGUCCCGAUACCGAGGCGGUUCUGGUGGCCAUGUCAUGUUUCCGCCACCUCUGUGAGGAGGCCGACAUUCGCAGUGCUGCUGACGAGGUGCCCGUCCAGACCAUCCUGCCCAAUUAUGCCACCUUCGGUGAACUGGCCUCUGUCAGCAACAUGAUGGGAACAGGGCGUUCCACGUUGCAGAAGAGAGUGAUGGCCUUGCUAAGGAGGAUAGAGCAUCCCACACCAGGAAACAUUGAGGCUUGGGAAGAAACAUAUGCUAAAUGGGACCAGGCCACAAAACAGAUUCUUAACUUCCCCAAAAACAAGGCAGAUGAUGGGCAGCAGGAGUGGAUCAACAUGACAGGCUUCCUGUGUGCACUGGGUGGUGUAUGUCUCCAGCAACGCAGCACCCCUGGCCCAGCCACCUACAGCCCACCGAUGGGCCCUCCUGCUGAGCGCAAGCACUCCAUGAUCUCCAUGGGUCCCUGUGAUAUGUCCAACCCUGUGGCCGCAGCCUCCUCCUGCUCCUCGUCGGCCUCCAGUGAGACACCCGUUAGCCGCUUCUUGGACCGGCUGCUGUCUUUGUUGGUUUGUGGCCAUGACAGGGUUGGCCUCCAUGUUCGCACCAACGUGAAAGAUCUGCUGGGUCUGGAGCUCAGCCCUGCCCUCUACCCCAUGCUCUUCAACAAGCUGCGGAACAGCAUUGGCAAGUUUUUUGACACACAGGGACCGGUCCCUAUCAAUGACACUAACACCCAGUUUGUGGAGCAGACCAUAGCCAUCAUGAAGAACCUGUUAGAUAACCACACAGAGGGCAGCUCUGAACACCUGGGACAGGCCAGCAUUGAGACCAUGAUGCUCAACCUGGUCAGGUAUGUGCGCAUCCUGGGUAACGUAGUCCAUGCAAUCCAGAUCAAAACCAAACUAUGCCAGCUGGUGGAGGUCAUGAUGGAGAGACGAGAUGACCUGUCCUUCUGUCAGGAGAUGAAAUUCAGGAAUAAGAUGGUGGAGUACCUGACCGACUGGGUGAUGGGAACCUCCAAUCAAGCUGCGGAUGAUGACAUCAAGUGUCUAACUAGGGACCUGGACCAGGCCAGUAUGGAGGCAGUAGUGUCUCUCUUAGCUGGUCUUCCUCUGCAGCCUGAGGAAGGAGACGGAGUGGAACUGAUGGAGGCUAAAUCUCAGCUCUUCCUCAAGUACUUUACCCUGUUCAUGAACCUACUGAAUGACUGCAGUGAGGUUGAGGAUGAGGGCCAAGCAGUGGGGGGACGAAAGAGAGGAAUGUCCCGUCGCUUGGCCUCCCUCCGUCACUGCACUGUCCUGGCCAUGUCCAACCUACUCAAUGCAAACGUAGACAGUGGACUCAUGCACUCUAUUGGUCUUGGUUACCACAAGGACCUGCAGACUCGAGCCACCUUCAUGGAAGUGCUGACCAAGAUCCUGCAGCAGGGAACAGAGUUUGACACCCUGGCAGAGACUGUGUUGGCUGACCGUUUUGAGAGGCUUGUGGAGCUGGUCACCAUGAUGGGAGACCAGGGCGAGUUGCCUAUUGCCAUGGCGCUAGCUAAUGUGGUUCCUGGGUCCCAGUGGGAUGAGCUAGCUCGAGUCCUGGUGACACUGUUUGACUCCCGCCACCUUCUUUACCAGCUGCUGUGGAACAUGUUCUCUAAAGAGGUGGAGCUGGCUGACUCCAUGCAGACUCUCUUCAGAGGAAACAGUCUGGCCAGCAAAAUAAUGACCUUCUGUUUCAAGGUUUAUGGGGCAGCAUAUCUGCAGAAGCUACUGGAGCCUUUAUUAAGAGGGGUCAUCACCACUCCUGAACACAUCAGCUUUGAGGUUGAUCCCACCAGGCUAGAACAAGGUGAGAACCUGGAGGAGAACCAGAGGAACCUUCUGCAGAUUACCGAGCGGUUCUUCCAGGCCAUCAUUGGUUCAUCCAGCGAGUUCCCCCCACAGCUCCGUAGUGUCUGCCAUUGUCUUUACCAGGCUACUUGCCACUCUCUACUGAAUAAAGCAACAGUAAAAGAAAAAAAGGAAAACAAAAAAUCAGUGGUGAGUCAGCGGUUCCCACAGAACAGCAUUGGUGCUGUAGGCAGUGCCAUGUUUCUACGCUUUGUCAACCCAGCUAUCGUGUCUCCCUAUGAGGCUGGCAUCUUGGACAAGAAGCCACUGCCCAGGAUAGAACGGGGUCUCAAACUCAUGUCCAAGAUUCUGCAGAGCAUCGCAAACCAUGUCUUGUUUACAAAAGAGGAGCACAUGAGGCCUUUUAAUGACUUUGUGAAGAGCAACUUUGAUUCAGCCCGGAGGUUUUUCUUGGACAUAGCAUCUGACUCUCCACCCAGUGACUCGGUCAACCACAGUCUAUCAUUUAUCAGCGAUGGCAACGUGUUGGCCCUCCAUCGUUUGCUGUGGAACAACCAAGAGAGGAUCGGCCAGUACCUCUCAAGUAACAGGGACCACAAGGCCGUGGGUAGGAGACCUUUUGACAAGAUGGCGACCCUGCUGGCCUACCUGGGACCUCCUGAACACAAACCUGUGGCUGACACCCACUGGUCCAGUCUCAACCUGACCAGCUCCAAAUUUGAGGAGUUCAUGACCAGGCACCAAGUCCAUGAGAAAGAAGAGUUCAAAGCCUUAAAGACCCUCAACAUCUUUUAUCAGGCAGGAACCUCCAAAACCGGAAACCCAGUGUUCUACUACGUGGCCCGCAGGUUUAAAACAGGCCAGAUAAAUGGAGACCUGCUUAUCUACCAUGUCCUCCUCACCCUCAAACCCUACUACGCCAAGCCCUACGAGAUAGUAGUAGACUUAACGCACGUAGGGCCCAGCAAUCGCUUCAAGACUGACUUCCUUUCCAAGUGGUUUGUGGUCUUUCCUGGCUUUGCCUACGAGAACGUAGCAGCUGUCUAUGUCUACAAUUGCAACACAUGGGUGAGGGAAUACACCAAGUACCAUGAGCGGCUGCUGACAGGACUGAAGGGCAGCAAACGGCUUCAGUUCAUCGACUCUCCAGCUAAACUGGCUGAGCACAUCGAACCCGACCAACAGAAGCUGCCUGCAGCCACGCUGACGCUGGAGGAAGACCUUAAAGUGUUUCAUAAUGCCCUCAAGCUUGCUCACAAAGACACUAAGGUCUCAAUAAAGGUGGGCUCAACAGCAGUUCAGGUGACCUCAGCUGAGCGGACCCGUGUGCUUGGCCAGCCUGUCUUUCUGAACGACGUCUACUAUGCCUCAGAGAUUGAAGAGAUCUGCCUGGUCGAUGAAAGCCAGUUCACACUCACCAUGGCCAACCAGGGCACACCACUCACAUUCAUGCACCAGGAGUGUGAUGCCAUUGUCCAGUCUAUCAUCCAUAUCCGGACACGCUGGGAACUAUCGCAGCCUGAUUCCAUCCCACAGCACACCAAGAUCCGACCAAAAGAUGUUCCUGGCACUCUGCUCAACAUCGCUUUGCUGAACCUGGGUAGUUCUGACCCCAGCCUCAGGUCUGCAGCUUACAAUCUGUUGUGUGCUUUGACCUGCACCUUCAACCUUAAGAUAGAGGGCCAGCUGUUGGAGACAUCUGGCCUCUGCAUCCCAGCCAACAAUACCCUUUUUAUAGUCUCCAUUAGCAAGACUUUGGCUGCCAACGAGCCCCAUCUGACACUGGAGUUCCUGGAGGAGUGCAUUUCAGGUUUCAGCAAGUCAAGUAUUGAGCUGAAGCAUCUGUGCCUUGAGUAUAUGACACCCUGGCUACUCAACCUGGUUCGCUUCUGUAAGCACAAUGACGACGCCAAGCGUCAGCGUGUCACAGCAAUUUUGGACAAACUCAUCACCAUGACGAUCAAUGAGAAGCAGAUGUAUCCCUCUAUCCAGGCCAAAAUCUGGGGUAGCCUGGGUCAGAUAACAGACCUGUUGGAUGUGGUGUUGGACAGCUUCAUUAAGACCAGUGCCACAGGAGGCCUGGGCUCCAUCAAAGCAGAAGUCAUGGCUGAUACUGCAGUGGCUCUGGCUUCAGGGAAUGUCAAACUAGUCUCCAGCAAGGUUAUUGGUCGGAUGUGUAAGAUCAUAGACAAGACUUGCCUGUCACCAACGCCCACACUGGAGCAGCACUUGAUGUGGGACGACAUCGCCAUCUUGGCACGCUAUAUGCUCAUGCUGUCCUUCAACAACUCCUUGGAUGUUGCAGCCCACCUGCCCUACCUGUUCCACGUGGUGACCCUGCUGGUAGCCACUGGGCCGUUGUCCCUCAGGGCUUCCACCCACGGUUUGGUCAUCAACAUCAUCCACUCCCUCUGCACCUGCUCGCAACUCAACUUCAGUGAGGAGACAAAGCAGGUUCUGAGGUUGAGCCUGACUGAGUUCUCACUGCCCAAGUUCUACCUGCUGUUUGGUAUCAGCAAAGUUAAGUCAGCCGCCGUCAUCGCCUUCCGCUCCAGCUACAGGGACCGUUCCUUCUCACCAGGCUCCUACGAGAGGGAGACGUUUGCCCUGUCCUCUCUGGAGACCGUCACUGAGGCCUUACUGGAAAUCAUGGAGGCAUGUAUGAGGGACAUCCCAGCCUGCAAGUGGUUAGACCAGUGGACAGAGCUUGCACAGAAGUUUGCAUUCCAGUACAACCCAUCUCUCCAACCUAGAGCACUGGUGGUGUUUGGUUGCAUCAGUAAGAGGGUGAGCCACGGCCAGAUCAAACAGAUAAUCCGAAUCCUCAGCAAGGCCAGCCCUCUGCUCAGCAUAGACCGGGGUCUGGAGAGCUGUCUGAAGGGGCCGGACAAUUACAACAGCCAAGUAUUAAUAGAGGCCACAGUCAUUGCUCUGACCAAGUUGCAACCUCUACUCAGCAAGGAGUCUCCCAUGCACAAAGCUCUGUUCUGGGUGGCAGUAGCUGUGCUGCAGCUGGACGAAGUUAACCUUUACUCUGCUGGAACUGCCCUGCUCGAGCAGAACCUCCACACUCUGGAUACAAUGCGUGUCUUCAAUGACAAGAGUCCAGAAGAAGUGUUCAUGGAGAUCAGGCGUCCUUUAGAGUGGCACUGUAAGCAAAUGGAUCACUUUGUGGGCUUAAACUUUAGUGCCAACUUCAACUUUGCACUGGUGGGCCACCUACUCAAAGGCUACAGACACCCUUCACCCACCACAGUAGCGAGGACAGUGAGAAUCCUGCACACACUACUGGCUCUCAUCAGCAAGCAUCUGAAAUGUGACAAGUUUGAGGUUAACACCCACAGUGUGGCCUAUCUGGCUGCACUGCUCACUGUAUCUGAGGAGGUCCGAAGUCGCUGUAGCCUCAAACACAGGAAGUCACUGCUGAUUUCUGACAUCUCUAUGGACCCAGUCCCCAUGGACACCUAUUCCAGUCACAUCACUGAUCCUGGCUGCAGAACUCUGCGAGAGACUCAGCCUUGGACAUCGCCUCAGGUUUCAGAGCGCUACCUUUCAGCCCAUCACUACUCCACAGUGGGUCAGAUCAGCCCACGAACCCGCAAGUCCAUGAGCCUGGACAUGGGUCAGCCUUCGCAGGCCAACACCAAGAAGCUCCUGGGCACCAGAAAGAGCUUCGAUCACCUUAUAUCUGAUUCUAAAGCACCAAAGAGACCAGAGAUGGAGUCGGGUAUGACCACCCCUCCCAAGAUGAGGCGUGUAGCAGAGAAUGACUAUGAGAUAGAGACACAGAGAAUUGGAAACUCUCACCUUCGCAAAGUUUCUGUAUCAGAAUCCAAUGUUCUACUGGAUGAGGAGGUGCUGACUGACCCAAAGAUCCAGGCUCUGCUGCUCACUGUGCUGGCCACCCAGGUCAAAUACACCACUGAUGACUUUGAUCAGCGAAUUCUGUACGAGUACUUGGCUGAAGCUAGCGUUGUCUUCCCAAAGGUUUUCCCAGUUGUCCACAACCUGCUGGACUCCAAGAUCAACACUGUGCUGUCCAUGUGCCAGGACACCAACCUCCUGAAUCCUGUCCACGGCAUCGUCCAGAGUGUAGUGUACCAUGAGGAGUCGCCUCCCCAGUACCAACCUUCCUAUUUACAAAGCUUUGGCUUUAAUGGACUUUGGAGAUUUGCUGGGCCAUUCUCAAAGCAAACACAGAUACCGGACUAUGCUGAGCUGAUCGUCAAGUUUCUGGAGGCAUUGAUUGACAGCUAUCUGCCAGCAGCUGAUGAGGAGCGAGGGGAGGAGCAGCUCAGGACUCCCACCUCGCCCUACCCCCCUACAAGCCAGAGCCAGCUCAGCAUCACUGCCAACCUCAACCUGUCCAACUCCAUGACCUCACUGGCCACCUCGCAGCAUUCACCAGGUGUGGAUAAGGAGAACGUCCAGCUGUCCCCAAGUUCUGCUCUGUCCAGUGGGGGUCGCACUCGCCACGGUUCAGCCAGUCAGGUCCAGAAGCAGCGCAGCGCUGGCAGCUUCAAGAGACCCAGCAUCAAAAAGAUCGUCUGAUCAGAAAGAAAACACCCACCCCACCCUCCUCCUUAUCCUACUCCUCUCCAUUCCUCCCCCAGCCUGCCAGGCCUCAUGCUGCACUCUACUUUUUUAUGUUUUUAUUUCCUCCUUGUUCUUCAUGGUUGUUGCUCUCGCAGGAGAACAAGUGAUUUUGCAUCGAGGAGGAAUAUUAUUAAGGGCAAAUCUGAAUUUUGUGCUGCUUGAGAUUUUUUUCAGAACCUUCAUUUGGAAAAAAAAACUAAUAAUUUAGUGGUUGUGGAUAAGCUUCUGUUGAAUCAUUUUUGUUCUAUUGUGGAUUCAGUGUUCAAGCUCUGCUUCACAGAUGUUGAGCAGAAGUUUGAGUCUCCUGCAGCAAUUGAAUUCACAUGUGAAACUGUUGAAAGAGAAAAUCCCUCAAAGGCUGGUGGGCAUAUAAUCUGAACAUCAAGGUUCAGUUUGGACAUGACUGUGACAUUUCUCGGACAGUUUACACAUGGAGGAAUCAGAAAGUUAAUCCAUAACACAUCCCUUGGCCUUCCGUAUGACUUUACACUCCAGUGUCAGCCAGAUGGACCAAAUGACAGCAAUGGGGGUCCUGUACAUAUUUUACAUAGACAGAUUAUGUAUAACUAGUCCUUAGUGCUAAUUUAGAUGUUGAUGUUUUCUCCAUGGUGUGCCUUUGUCAGGGUUUUCAAUGUGUACAAUUUGUAAAGUAAAAGUCAAACCUUACUGGGGACAAAGAACAGGUACUAAUUAUAGAGGCGAGCUGUUCAUACCACGAGUUCACCCGAGCUCCCUCAAGACUGGCCUCCAAUGAUCGUCAAAAAUACAAUCAUCCAUAUACCCUGUUGCCUGAAAAGUAUUUAUCCUGUACAGCUAGAUAGUGGAACACAAAUCUUCUUUUCAAACACUUUCCAAAAAUCUUUUUUGUUUCUAACACUUUCACUGUAUCAACAUAAAGAUUGCAAAACACUAGGGGAAGCGCAACUGUGUAAAUAGCUCCAAACUUUGUUGGGUUGUUUGUUUUUUGUGCGUUUUACUUUAAUUUGGCUGUUUGUUUGUUUUUUUUUUUGUUAGUUUUAUUUGGUACAGAGUGUAUUUUGAGCAGCCCAGUAUUUUCAUUUGUUUACACAGUGACAAGGAAAAUUGUUUAAUAGGCAAUAAUCCUCAACUCUCAAACUCCUUUGUCAACCACCAAUUUUAUUUCUCCAUCGAACAGGGAGAACACGUCACUAUUUCAGCUCAGUGCAAUAUGAAACCAACUCCUGAGAUGCCUGAGAUCUUAGAGAUCUAGCUCUAAUUGAUUACCUCCAGUGACCAUAUAAAUAGAAUAGAGGCGGUGGACAGUGUAAUGUUUGGUCCCAUUGUUCAAACACAGACCACUAUUUGCUUCAUUUUUACAGUCUGAGCUGGUCCACCAAACUUUUUGUCCUGUGUGCUUAAAGUAAAAAUCCACACUAAAAGAAACUUUGACUGUAUUUGUUAAGACUACAAUUUCACAGUAGCGUUCUGUUCAUAUCAAGAUGAACAUGUUUUUCGCAUCUUUUUUUGCUGAUUAAAAACAUGUUUUUCGACACAACUGUAUUACUGUUAUUAAACAAAAGCCAAAUUGAAAAUGAGAGGACAGCGGCUGAGUGACAGCAGACACUGAACCACAGUAUUUCUCAAGUCAGCUCCUAAGGAAGAAAUCAGCAUUAAUUUUUAUCUAGUGAAUGAGAGGAACCUGCUGCUCACAGACAGACUGGGAGCUGAUUCAUCAAUACUGCUAUGGUUGAAAAGUUUAAAACAUAUAUACAGCAGGAAAUAGUUUUAGGUAGACAGUGGAUUUUUCCUUUAAGACUUUCUUAAUAAUUCUGGUUAUUAUUGAUGCUGUUUCAUGCCAAACCAACCCUCCGUAUUCUCAGAGCACAUCUGGGAACAAACACCUGCUCCACCUUACACUUUCUACUUUAGUUUUACCUGUACAUCCACUGCAUAUUACUGUUGACUGUUUUUAAAAGCAUGUUGUAGUGUUAGAGACAUUUGCGUGCAUUUUCUCAGUUUCCAGGUUUAUAUUUAUUUCACAAGUUUCACAAAAUCAGCAUUCAGAGAAUUGAACCUUGCUUAAGAUAACUAAUCCAUCACAGUCAACAUCAUGUCUGCUGUCAAUGUUUAUUUGUGUUUACUAAACUGACAAAACAAUGUGCACAAGAGAUAUAUCUGCAUGACUGACACCAUUGGCUAAUCUUAGCUCAUCACAGUAUGUCAGUAAAAGAGUAAGAGUACAUUCCAUGAGAGAAUUUUCAAAGAUAUGUUGGAGACUGAUGUCUUCAUUACAGUGUGUGUCCACUGGAAGACACUGACCACUUUAUUUUUAAACUCUAAAAAGGUUCACUCACUUCUUAUUAGAGAGAGACCGAUUAUUGGAUCUUAUAUUUUUCCGAUUUUCAUUAUUAGUGUUUUCUUUGUUGAACUGCCAAUAAAGUAAAUUAAUUUAAAAAUAACUGUUCAUAAUAGCAGUAAUAUGUAAUAGUGUUUAUAUCUGAAACUGCAAAAUAACUAGUCCGAACUGGCAUCUAUUGAUAUAAUGCAAUAGUAUCGAAACACAAACAUUACCUGCAUGCAGUUGUUUUUUGUUCCCAGAUCGAGGGGGGAAAAAAAUACGGUUUGUAUGGUUUUGCUCAUAGCUCAUCACCACAAGCAUUCUUCUGUUUAAUUUGAUUGGCCCAAAACCACAGUAGGUACAACCCAUAGAGUCUGUGGUGUGCGGUGCAUUCACGGAGUUGGCAGUUCAGUGUUAAGAUAUCAAAUGAAGUACCAACCAGCACUUUAAGGUGCUGGUAUUGGCACUAGUUUUGUAAUUUUCUUAACUGAUACCCAGCCCUAGUUACUGCACAUUCCAUCACUGGUUGUUCUAAACUUUGGCAUUAAGAUUUUGAUUUUUACUGCAAAUGUUGUAAACAUCUAUUGUCAGUCUCUUGAUUGUUAAUCAUUGCAUCGACCCUGAAAAAAAAAAAACUGUGGUUGAUCGUUGCUUCUUUUCUUCAGUGGUUCAAUGUUGCACUCACUGGUUUCACAAAUCCUGUAUGUUGGUUAGGGUUUAAUUUACAUUAAAAAUCAUGUUGGUUAUUGUAAUGGGUUACAGCUGCCUGCAGAUUGAUCUGGAUGUUGUUCAGAAAUGAUUGGGAACCAAUGGCUGCCUGAAGGGAAAGAAGACACACUGAAAGAUCUAAAAGUUGCAGUUUGCUGUUGACAUGGUCUCACGGUUUAUAGUAAAUGGGUUUAAAUACAUGUGGUCUGGGGCUGUGACAGCAGUCAUGUACAUAUGUUGCAAUCAAUUGGACUGAUUUGGUUAAGCGCUCCACUCGCAGCCUCCAUCUGUAGCUCAGCAGUGUUGCUUCAGAACGUUUCUAUCCAGCCUUAUCAUCUGUGCAUGUCAAGGGUUAAGUGUUGUUGUACUCUGACUUCACUUUUGUCCAAGCUUGUCUCCACUCAUCUGCUGCUCAGUUUUAAUGUUAUGGAUACAUUUGUGAAUGUAUCCAUAACUGCUGUUUUCUUGGUUUAUAUCCAUCUGAAAGAAUCUUCUAUUUUCUUUGGUCCUUGCAGCUCAUUCAGUAAACACAUGAUUAUUAGAUAAAUUUAAUGGACAGGGACAUUUUUAUUAGAGACAGAGACAUAGAAGUACUAUUUUGUAAUUCAGCUUCAAAGACCUACAUAAAGGGAAGAGUGAGUUUACUGAAGAGAAUGAUUCACAACUGAGUUCCCUCGUCCAGGGAUUUUACUUUUCUUGCCGCCCUUUAUCACUGACGUGUUCCUUCACUCGUACAAAGAGGACGAGAACAAAACUGAAAAAAUUGUCAGACAUCAGCCCAUUUUACUAUCAUAUGGCGGUGCUGUUAGACAGUUCAGCAAGCACUUGGUUUGAAGUACAUUAAGACUUUCAGCCACUGAUGUUAUUGGACAAAUAAAUGAAUAUGUCAAAAUCAAAGCUCAUGUCAGGUUUUUCAGAGAAUUGUUUCAUUUUGCCUGACUGGGUGGAGUGUUUUGUUAUGGAACAUCUGCCAUCCUUCCUGUGUACAUAGCCUAACCCUAGUGGAAAGUCAAGCAUGAAGUUCCAAGGUGUUGAAGUCACAUUUGCUUUGGAGCAGUGAUGAGUCGGUGCAGAGUGACUAUGAAAGUUCAAGUCAGAAGAAUUUUAGUAUCAGUACCAGACGUUAUAAAUCUUCAGUGGUCUUUAUUCAGUUUUCAGUGUCAGAUUCCAAACAAAUGUUUUAAGUCGAUCCAUCUUCUCUCCUCGCCACUUUUCAUUGUCUAAAUAUUCUUCAAGCUACACCUGCUGAUUUUUUCUAAAAAACGUACAUCAAGCCUGGGUCACAGAAUCAGCAAGUGUAUCUUCAGCAAAACACAACCAAGAAAAAUCUGAAAGCAAGAUUUAUCUGAGCACCAUAUAAGCAGAUUGCGAUUGUUAUAGUUUGACUUGUGUGUGAAUGGAAAUUUUAAGAAUUAUGUAUCCAUAACCUCUUAAAGAAGUGGUUGACUUGCACUAAUUUAAAAACAGUCAUGGGUUUGUAAAGAAGAAAAACCUCAAAAUGUGGCAUGUUUUAUUUGAUGUUAUGCAAAAUCUAACGUCUGUAGAGUAAUAGUCUGAGUUUUGUUUUUAAUGCAGUAUGUGUGACAAUUGUAAAUACUUUGUGUACAAUUGAGAUGGUAUAUUUACUACACUGUACAUACAUGUGAUAUUGUAUCAUUUUGUUUUGUAAAGCAGUUAGUUUCUGUAUAAUAAUAUACAAAUUGAACUAUUCCCGUGUUAGUAAUAAAAUGUUUUGCUCUC